AUGGUAGUGAUGUGGAUGAAGGUUUUGAGUUCACUGCUGACGCUUUCCUUCAUUUUUGUUCCAUCCUGUCGAGUGUUAGCAGUUGGUGGUCUUGUAAUCAGAGAAGAACCAGCAGAUACAGUUAUCACACAAGUUGGUCACGUCCAUACUGCUACUCUCUACUGCAAGACAAACUCUCAAGAUAAUUCGACAAUCACUACUUGGUACAAAGAUGACGUCAACGUAGAAGAAGGAGGUUUACCUUUCUAUAACAUAACGAAAGAAAGUCUUGUGGUUCAAACUACGGAUAUCAAUGAUCCCGGAGGAAUUCUAGAAGGAUUGUAUUAUUGUGUGAUCAACAACGGGACGGUAGACGUCAGAAGCAAGAGCGCGUAUAUUAGAGGAGCACGUUCUAUCUUAUUUGAUCCUCCAAGGAAUCCAUUCUUUUCUAUACAUGCAACAGUUGUAGUAGCUCAAAGUGGUUACCUACAACUACCAGUAUCGGACAACAAACCUUUCUGGUUAGUUGAAUGUGGAAGUGUCACUAUCAGUUGUACAUCUACAAGCUGUCCAUUUUGGCAUGACGUAUCUGUGACUGGUCGACUCGUCGUUUUCUCCGUCCUUCGCAUUAGAUACAGUGAAAUCAGAAACAACAUUGACAAAUGUAGAAAUGAGAGCACAAUACGUGUCAUCGGUACAAUUGGAACACCUCGAAUGGAAGGAACGUUUAUCUUUCAAGAUACUAUAUCAUUGGUUCCAAGGACUUAUAUUCAAAAUCAAAAUAUUUUUGUUAAAGUUGGCAGCAAUGCAACCCUUUACUGCAUAUCCGGUCAUAUUAGCAGCUCGUACACGUGGAAAAGAGAUGGUACUGUGAUUGUUGUUGGUAUGAGAUUUUCAUUGCUCAUUGAUGGUGUGCUGCACAUACAAAACGUGACUGAACAAGACAGUGGACAAUAUGAAUGCACUGCUACCGCAACAUUUUCAUCAUUUGGCGUUGAAACCAGAAAAGUGUCAUGGAGUGUUACUGUAUACAGUUUACCGCGUGUUACUCUAUCUCUAUCUCAACUAAACGACACACGCAAUGAACAAUUCUGCAACACAACCAACCUUGUUGUUCCCUGCAUCUUAAAUCAUCUCCCAACUACAGUAGAGUGUCAAGCAAAAGGAUCUUUUCCGAUGUUGAUUCAACUAUUUCGCAACGCCCAGUUGCUGUUAAAGCAAAACGUGACGAAUGCCAAUCAUGCUGUGCAGCACACAAUUUCAUCUCCUCGUUCAGGAAUCUAUCAAUGUAUCGCUAGAAAUGAGUAUGGCAGCAAACAAUCAUCACUCUACGCAACAGUAUCUGGUGUUGUUCCAACUGUUUCUGCUACAAGUCGCUCAUCAACAAUUUCAGCUACAUCUCCAUCGAUGCCACAGUCUACUGUUUACAUGAAUACAUCACAGUCAACUCCUCGAGCGUCAAGUACGUCAACUAGUUCCUCAUAUUCGUCUCAAUCUACGAAUGCAACAUCUCAUAAUGUGCAAUCUACUUCUGGAACGAAGUCUCCUAGAGUUACUAGUGCUCCAGUUACCGUCACACAAGCUAAUGCGUCAUCCGUGUCUCUAUCCAGUAGUUCUUCAACUCUCAACCUUCCUACCACUUUGACACCACGCACCCGCUCGUCUUCUCAACGAUCAGAUCUUAUACCACCAACAUCAACCGUUUUGCCAACGUCUCAAACCGCAUCAGCUCCAUCCCAUCAUACAAACACUCCUUUCUCAUCAGGUGCAGCCAAGCUCCCUAUUGGAAAAGUGACGAGUGCAGCGACUAGUGGAGAUUCAAGUAAACGUACAACUAGGUCAGCAACAAAAGCAACGACACCAACGCCAGGUGGUGGACAAGAAAGUGGAAGGAAGUCUUCAGAUCUGACGGGUGUUGCAGUAUCAGGAUGGGUUGUAUCCGUCUUGCUAUUUGGAGUUAUACUUAUUAUGAUGUGGAUAAUUAGAAAACAUCGAGAAUCUAGUCAGAAAAAGAGCGAAGAGACAGCAAUGAGAGAAAAUCCUGCUUACAAUUUUAUAUCAUCACACGUUAGAGGAGGAACGGCUCCAUCAUCGACUGAUGCUGUACAGUACGAAGAGAUAGGAAUGGAUGCAACUAGACGCCAAUGUUCCUACGAGAACAUUUCUAAGCCCUGACGACGCAAAAACCAGACAGAUGUAGAACAUCUAGCAGACAAAUGUAGCUCAUCAAUCCUAUCAGCACGCGUGCUUCUAGCUAAUCAAGAACUACACUACUAGAUGUACUGUUUUUCAAGUUGUAUUUACACGUUUUACUUCAUUAUUUUACAAUAUACAUCUGUUUAGUAACUAACUUUAAUUUGAUUAGCGAAAAGCUGAUUUUACAAGACAGUUAAUUA